AUGAGUGCGUUACUUAGGGAUGCCGAUUUGAACGAUUUUAUAAGCCCAGGUUUGGCGUGUGUGAAACCAGCUCAACCUCAAAAGGUUGAGAAGAAACCAUCAUUUGAAGUUGAAGUUGGCAUUGAAUCUAGUGAGCCUGAGAAGGUAUCGAUCAGUUUGCAAGACUGUUUAGCCUGUGCUGGUUGCAUUACUUCAUCAGAAGAGAUUUUAUUAUCGAAGCAAAGCCAUAAGGUGUUCUUAGAAAAAUGGAGCGAAUUGGAAGAACUAGAUGAACGAUCUCUAGCUGUCAGCAUAUCUCCUCAAUGUAGACUUUCGUUGGCUGACUAUUACUCUAUGUGCCUUGCAGACCUCGAUCGAUGUUUCCAAAAUUUCAUGAAAACCAAGUUCAAUGCGAAAUAUGUUGUUGGUACCCAGUUUGGAAGGUCUAUUUCAAUAUCCCGGAUAAACGCAACCUUAAAAGACAGGGUUCCGGAAAAUGAAGGCCCUCUUUUGUGUAGUGUUUGUCCCGGUUUUGUGUUGUAUGCAGAGAAAACGAAACCAGAAUUAAUACCUCAUAUGUUAGAUGUGAAAUCACCUCAGCAAAUAACAGGCAAUCUAUUGAAACAAGCAGAUCCAACAUGCUACCACUUGAGCAUAAUGCCAUGUUUUGAUAAAAAACUAGAGGCAUCUAGAGAAGAAUGUGAAAAAGAAGUAGAUUGUGUGAUAACACCAAAGGAAUUUGUAGCAAUGCUCGGAGAUCUUUCGAUAGAUUUCAAGAGUUACAUGACGGAAUAUGAUUCAUCAAAAGAGUUAUGUCCCAGCGGAUGGGAUUAUAAACUUCACUGGUUAAGUAACGAAGGCAGUAGCAGUGGCGGAUAUGCGUACCAAUACCUUCUUUCCUUACAGUCCUCGAAUCCUGAGUCAGAUAUUAUCACUAUUGAAGGUAAGAACAGCGAUGUGACCGAGUACAGAUUAGUUUCUAAGAGUAAAGGUGUAAUAGCCUCGUCAAGUGAGGUAUAUGGGUUUAGAAAUAUACAAAAUUUGGUUCGAAAGCUUUCACAAUCAGCGUCUGUAAAAAAAAGGGGAAUUAAAGUGAAAAGGCGGGGACAAUCAGUGUUAAAAUCAGGAGAAACAUCAGAAAAGACUACAAAGGUUUUGACAGCAGAUCCAGCUAAAACUGACUUCGUCGAGGUUAUGGCUUGUCCAAGCGGCUGUAUCAACGGCGGUGGUUUACUUAACGAAGAAAAAAAUGCUAACCGCCGUAAACAACUUGCCCAAGACCUAUCGCUUGCAUACACGAAGGUUCAUUCGGUUAACAUCCCUGACAUAGUCCAUGCAUACGAUGACAAGUCCAAUGAUUUCAAAUACAACCUCCGCGUUAUCGAACCGUCUACUUCUUCAGACGUGGUCGCGGUAGGUAAUACAUGGUAG